CCCGCGUCCUCCUGCCCGCCGUCCGCCGUGAACCCGGUCCACGCAGUCGCCCCCCGCGGAGCUUCCAUCUCUUCUUCCUCGAUCCCUCCCUCCCUCCCUCCCAAUCCCUCCUCCACCCCCCACCCCUCCUUCCCCCGCCGCCGCGCAUUUGCUGGUCUCGGCGAGGGCCGCUCCUCUGCUCGUGUGGGUGGCCGUGCCCUCGCCGGCGUCGCGUCGCGCCGGCCCUCGAAUCUCCGGCGAGCCGCUCGCGCCCCAAGCCCGAGCCCGGUGAGGCCUGCUGCUCUAGGUCUUCCUGCCACCCAGAGUUGUCGGUGUACUGGUUUUGAUAUGGAGUGAUUGGUGGAGCUGGUCGUCCGGAAGCUCUGCUGGUUAAUCCGAUGGGGAGCAACGAUCCUAGCACGCCGCCUAAGGCUUCGAAGCCACCAGAACAGGAGCAACCUCCAGCUACUACCUCUGGCACUACAGCUCCAGUUUACCCUGAAUGGCCCGGCUUUCAGGGCUACCCAGCGAUGCCACCACAUGGGUUUUUCCCCCCUCCUGUUGCUGCAGGCCAGGCUCAUCCAUACAUGUGGGGAGCUCAGCACAUGGUGCCACCUUACGGGACACCACCACCCCCCUAUAUGAUGUAUCCACCAGGAACAGUAUAUGCCCACCCGACUACUCCUGGUGUGCAUCCAUUUCAUUAUCCUAUGCAAACAAAUGGAAAUCUUGAACCUGCUGGAGCUCAGGGAGCUGCACCAGGUGCUGCAGAAACAAAUGGGAAAAAUGAGCCUGGCAAAACAUCUGGUCCAUCUGCCAAUGGGGUUACGUCCAACAGUGAAAGCGGAAGUGAUAGUGAGAGUGAAGGAAGUGAUGCCAAUUCUCAAAACGAUUCACAUUCAAAGGAGAAUGAUGUAAAUGAAAAUGGCAGUGCUCAGAAUGGCGUAUCUCAUUCAUCAUCGCAUGGAACAUUUAAUAAACCCAUGCCGUUGGUUCCAGUACAAUCAGGUGCAGUGAUAGGAGGAGUUGCUGGUCCUGCGACAAACUUGAACAUAGGGAUGGACUACUGGGGUGCAACUGGCUCUUCACCUGUUCCUGCAAUGCGCGGCAAAGCACCGUCUGGUUCAGCUCGAGGAGAGCAAUGGACUAAGAUCUUACCUUUGAAGACUGGCAUGUCCUGCUAUGUUACCAGAAUGUUUUUCUCCGAGAAGGGAGGGCUUCUAGUUUGCAUUCCGCCAUUCUCUCCAUGUAUCAAUGUAGGACAGGAUGAAAGGGAACUGAAGAAGCAGAAGAGGAAGCUGUCCAACCGGGAAUCCGCGCGAAGGUCCCGGCUGCGCAAGCAGGCCGAGUGUGAAGAGCUCGGGCAGCGGGCUGAGGCUUUGAAGUCAGAGAACUCGUCCCUCAGGAUCGAGCUCGACCGGAUCAAAAAGGAAUACGAGGAGCUCCUUUCGAAGAACACCUCUCUCAAGAGGGAGCUGGAGCGUACCUUGAAGCAGAUGAAUGACUUGAAAAACGAGCACGUUGAGCUGAAGAAAGGCAUGAAAGAGAAAGACCUUGAAAUCGAGGCCAAAGAAGCAGAGAUUCAUAAUCUUAAGAAGGCAAAUGUCAGAGAUAUUUCUAGCAAGGAGAUGGAUAUUGAUCAGCCUUGCCAUACCCCUGCAAAUGAGGCUUUGCAUGCCAGAGGUUCUUGUUGGACAUCCACGAAGAGAGUAUCUUUGGAGGAAAGCGCCCACGCUGAAUUAGAAAGGAACAAAUCUAAGGACAUUAAGACUAAAGGAGUCCAAACAGAUCUUCCACUGAGCAGUGGACAUCUUGAGCGCAAGAAAGUAUUAAUGAAUAACAUCUCUAGCAACCUAUGUGCAAUCUGGGGCAGGCCAGCUAACAGUAUGUUAGGGAGGAGUUUGAUCUCGAAGAUCCUUGCUUCUUGCUCAGAAGAAAUGUUGACACUUUUCCAAUCUGCGAGAUUGCCAGACAAGUGUGAAACCUCUACUGAAGCGAGCUCCUCCAUGAAUAAUGCUAUUUCGGAAGUAUAUGAUACUAUUGUCAAGAUGAAUAGUGACACCAUACCUAUACAGACGCUUCUUGAAGCAUUGCUAAAUCUGUGUGUUGUCGGUAAUGCUGUUGUUGUUGGUAGAGUGCUGCGGAUAUUGCAUAGCAUCUUGCAGAACUUGCUCACUCAUGGAACCAGGUCUAACCAAAGGAACAAUGUUUCUAUUGAGACGUAUGUUGACAAUAACAUCGAAAUGGAGAGGAACAAUCAAGAACACAGUUCUGCUUUGCUGAAUACGCCUGACCAAGAGGAAGAUGGACUUCACAUUGGAAAUAUGUUUCUUCCUUGUACAUUCUGGACUCCAUUCUUCACUGGAGUGCUACAAAUUGCGCUAAAAUAUUCGGAAGAGGGUAUUCGUGUUGAUGCAUUAUCCAUAAUGAUUCUCAUUGUAAGGACCAGUGAUUCCAAAGGGGAGCGUGAAAAAUUUGGAUUUAUUUCUGUAAUGGAAAGCUUGCAUCAGUUGCUGCAGAAAGAGAAUGCAUUGCUCGUAAAGAAGCAUUCGGUGCAUCUACUUUUCUUGCUUUUGAACUGCCCUGUGAUGCUGAAGAUGCUUUGCAGUGGAGGUAAAGAUGGUUCUGAACUGAUGGAAACUGUUGGAUGUGAAAACGAACCACAACAAGCUAUAAACUCAGUUCUUAAGGACUUGUCUGAAUGUUUGACUUGUGAAGCAACAACUUCUCUGGAGCUCAAGCUUUGUCGGCUAGUUGUGAAUCUAUUAGCGUACAUAGCUUCUAGUGGCAAAUUGGGAUAUGAAGUGCUUCUUGGUUCAGUGACUGCCCACGGUGCUAGUUUUCUUGAGUUGACCAUGGAAGUCCUUGCUUCACAGAUGGAAUGCAAAGUUGAUUUUUCAACCGAGGUACAUGAGCUAUUGAAUGAAAGGUAUUUGCUGAUGAGAGAAGUUCUGAUCCUUCUAAACCGACUAGCCUCGCACGCCAUGUUUUCAAAGCCAACCCUGGAGGUGCUGAUGGGGAGCAAGCGGUGCGCGGGGUUGACAAUCGACAUCGCGAACCGGCUGCCCCAGAGGAGCAAGUACCCCUUGAGGCAGCUAAACCCUCAGAUGGCGAAUGAUCUCGCCGAUUUGGCCCAGAAGUUCCGCUCGCGGGUGUAUGGUUUCCUGGAGGAGCAACAGCAUUCGACAGCUGAGCGUUGCGAUACAGGCGCCUCGGGCAAGCCUCCGAGAGUUCCAAGAUAGCUGGGUGUGGACAACACUGUAACAUUUGAAUCAGCUGGGGCGUAUAUAUAUCUCUAGGUUAGUAGAGAUCUCUUGUUUUGCGCUAACCGUACUAGGGUCUUUCUGUUUGGGUUGGCUGGGGUGAGUAAAUAACUUUUGGCUGGUGUGAUGUACAGAAGGUAGGGUGUGCGAUAUAACUCACCAUUUUGGGGGCAACGAAAGCCUGCUAAACAAGGGGAAUGUAUUUGCAAAAUUGUACUUCUCACCGCAAACAAUCAUCUCUUUUCUGUAUUGAAAACGAAGUGGCAGCUAUGUUUUGCAAAAUGGCCAGU